UCCUAUGAGUUAUUCAAAGGGUGAGUAUCCUAUGCUUUUAUCCCCCAUUAAGAAAAAGGUAAAUUGUGUGGACAAAAUCUCUUAGCUUCAUAAUAACAAAGGAGAGAGACAUUAAAUCUUUUACUCAUUCCAACAAACAAAGAGAAAUGGCUUAUGCUGCUAUCUCUUCGCUUAUGUAUACAUUGGAACAACUAUUCAAACCAAAUCAAUCUUUCGUUUGUCCAUGCUCUACACAACAACAUGUCGAAAAUCUCAAUCAAAAUCUUUCUGCUCUGCAAGAUUUCCUUGAUAAUACUACCACAAAGGAUAUUGAAACUCUUAAGGUUGUAGAAAAGAGGAUCAGAGAUGUAGUGUACAAAGCAGAGGAUAAAGUUGAUUCAAGCUUAAGAAGCAUCAUUCUAGCAGAUAGCACAGAGAGUAGAGAAGGGGCUUGUAAAUUCUUCGAGGAAGAAUUGGUAAAAGUGGAAAAAGAUGUUGAUUCUCUCAGGAAAGAGGUGACGCUUGUUGAGUUUAACAAGCACGGAACCAAAUCUGCAGAAUUAGCAACAACUCCCUUCUCACCAGAUAAAAAAAGUACAAUUGUGGAAAAUACUGUUGUUGGGAUGAAGGAUGACUUCAACAUCAUACUUGAUCGCCUCACUACCCAAAAAGACGAGUUAAUUGUCAUACCAAUUUUGGGGAUGGGAGGUAUAGGUAAGACAACUCUUGCCAGAAAAGUUUAUGAUGAUUCAUGUAUUCGCUCUCGAUUUGAUAAACAUGCAUGGGUCACAAUCUCCCAAGAAUACAAUGAGAGACAAAUGCUUCUUGAAGUUGUCUCUUCAAUUACUACUGGAGGCAGUCAAGAAAUGAGCAACGAUGAACUAAUGGAGAUUGUGUAUAGAGGUCUGAAAGGUAGGAGAUUCCUAAUUGUCAUAGAUGAUAUUUGGAGUACUGAGGCAUGGGACCAAAUGCAAAGAAUAUUUCCAAAUGAUGAAAAUAAAAGCCGAAUUCUAUUAACUACUCGGCUCAAGUGUGUUGCUGAUUAUGUCAACUGCCCUGAUUUUCCACCUCAUAGUAAGUCUUUUCUAAGUCUAGAAGAUAGUUGGAAUCUAUUCACCGAAAAAUUAUUCAAGAAAGACCAGUGUCCUCCUUUACUUGUAGAAAUAGGAAAGCAUAUUGUACAACAAUGUCAAGGAUUACCUCUCUCGAUUGUUGUGGUUGCCGGACUUCUUGGAAAAAUGGACUUAACGCAUGACAAUUGGAAGAACAUUGAGGAAAAUCUGAGCUCAUUCUUUGGUACAGUAUCUGAACGGUGCCAAUCAAUUCUCUCUCUGAGCUACAAUUACUUGCCCCAAUAUUUGAAGGCUUGUUUUCUCUAUGUUGGAGGUUUUCCAGAAGACAGAGAGAUUAAUGUUUCCAGGUUGAUUAGGUUAUGGAUUUCUGAGCAAUUCGUAAAGGCAAGAAACAAUAAAAGAUUAGAAGUGGUGGGAGAGGAGUAUCUACAAGAGUUAAUUGAUAGAAGUCUAAUUUUGACAGGUAAACAAAGGGCUAAUGGAAGGAUGAAAACUUUCAAAAUUCAUGAUCUUCUUCGCCAACUAUGCCUAAGUGAAACUCAUACUGAAAAUGUUGUGCAUAUCAUGAAUGGGAAUGUUCCCAUGUUCUUAUUAGAAGCCAUAGAUGAUCAACGGCGAGUGAUCCUUCUGUCUAAACUUGAAGAGAAGCAAGUUUAUCCACCAAUGCAUAGCAAUGGUAUAACAAGUAUAGCUCGUACCUUCAUUUCAAUGCAAUAUUUUCAGUACGACGAAUUUCCAGAAGGGGUUUAUUCCAUUUUUUCCGCGUUCAAGUUGCUUAAGGUGUUGGACGUAUUUACAGUUUGGUACGAUUUCUCUAGUGUUAUACCUGAGCUUGUACAUUUGAGAUAUGUUGCUGCAAGAAUUGAGGAAGGUCUUUCACUAGACAAAUUGAGAAAUCUACAGACCCUAAUUCUUCUCAAAAAUAUUGGUGUCAACAGACCAACAAAGUCGGAGCAGCCACUCGAUAUCUGGAGAAUGUCAGAGCUAAGACAUGUGGAUAUUGAUUCGCCACUAUAUAUAUCUAAUCCUCUUGAGGCAGAAAAUCCUUUGUUUCUCAAUAACUUGCAAAAUCUUUAUCUCUAUAACUCUCAUUUUUUUGAGGAAAUCAUAAAAAGAACUCCCAAUCUAAAAACGUUGAAGUUUUUAGAUGAAUCUGAGCAUCCUGACUGGUCUGCGAUUCUUGAUUCUCUAAUUCUUCUAGAGGAGCUGGAGAAGCUAGUCAUACAGCUAGAGAGAAUGAACGUCAACAUUUUCUGUGGAGAUAUUUUGUAUUGUAAAAUCAAGAAAUUAAGUCCUAAUAUCAAGAAAUUGAAAUUAUUAGGUACUCAUAUACCAUGGGAAGUUGUGAAUUUGCUGGCUUAUUUACCUAAUCUUGAGGUGAUCGAAGGGGAGUAUGCAUUUUCUGGAACAGAUUGGAAACUAGAUGAAGAUGUUGUGUUUUGCAAAUUAAAAUAUCUGUUAAUUGGUGAAGCAGAUUUGGAAAGGUGGGAAUUAGCAGCUGCUAGUGAUAAUUUUCCGAUGCUUGAGCAACUAAUACUUUAUGGGUUUGAUAAACUGGAGGAGAUUCCGGAGAGUAUUGGAGAUAUAAUGACACUAAAAUUGAUCAAAAUAGACGAUUGCAGCUCUUCUAUAGAGAAUAGUGCAAAGAGAAUUCAACAAGAGCAACAAAGCUUGGGAAAUUAUGAGCUUCAACUUCGAAUUACUCCAAAGGAAUCUGCAACUUUUGGGUCUUCUUCUUCGUGAGUUGUACGUUUCUGCAACUACAGCUGGGAUAAGAAACCUUUACGGAAUAGGGAGAGAGUGAAGGUACCACUCGUUGGACGUAUGAUCGAGGUAUCUCGAAGAGCUUCGAUGAUUUUUAACACAUGCUCUAACGGGGUUUGGAAAAGAUCCAUCCAUGUAAAUCAUAUUGCAGUGUUUCAAUUAGUUUUGUUUCCAUUAGUUUUUAAUACUGGCUAUUUAAAUUUUAGCCAGUAUUACUAAGUGCACUAUCUUUAAGUGUAUAAUAUUUAUAUAUGAUUGUGUGUGUUAUUCU